UUCCGGUAUAUAUUGCGGGAAAGUUAAUCUAGCGAGAAUCACAUUUAGUUGGAGUACACUACAAAACAGUCUAUUUCUCAUUAAAUUUAGUUAGCUCGUAUAUUAGAACCAGAUGUCGAGAACAUUAGAAGAGGUGCAGGCGACCAUACAAAUCGCCAAACUAAAAGAGAAUGAUUUGCAGAACACAAUUCACUGUUUGACUUUUGGAGAAAGCGUCUCGUCCGGAGACUACUGCCUGAUGGAACUGGAUGACACGCUCUGUAAACACAUAGAAGCAGGAAAGAGCCUGGUUAUCAGAGGAGACCAGGAUGAGAGAGCUGUCCUGUGCAGUGAAGACAAGACUUAUGACCUGAAGAUAGCUGACACCUCAAACCUCCUGCUGUUAGUGCCUGGCUGCCUGACUCCAGAUCAGCUGACGACUGACAACCAGGCCAGCUCUCAGCUGGUCCAUGCACAGAUUUGGGGCUUUUCUAACAGUUACUGGGAGUUGAGAAAGCGCCAUCCCAAACUAAAGAAGCUGAAGAGACUUCUGAUGGAGAAUCCAUACGAGGGCCCAGGUAUCAGUGGGCAGGAGGAUGUCACGGAGGGGAAGGUACUUAUUAACUCUACUAGAUUAUAUCCAGAGAGACUUCUGAUGGAGAAUCUGUACCAGGGCCCAGGUAUCAGUGGGCAGGAGGAUGUCACGGAGGGGAAGGUACUUAUUAACUCUACUAGAUUAUAUCCAGAGAGACUUCUGAUGGAGAAUCUGUACGAGGGCCCAGGUAUCAGUGGGCAGGAGGAUGUCACGGAGGGGAAGGUACUUAUUAACUCUACUAGAUUAUAUCCAGAGAGACUUCUGAUGGAGAAUCUGUACCAGGGCCCAGGUAUCAGUGGGCAGGAGGAUGUCACGGAGGGGAAGGUACUUAUUAACUCUACUAGAUUAUAUCCAGAGAGACUUCUGAUGGAGAAUCCAUACAAGGGCCCAGGUAUCAGUGGGCAGGAGGAUGUCACGGAGGGGAAGGUACUUAUUAACUCUACUAGAUUAUAUCCAGAGAGACUUCUGAUGGAGAAUCUGUACGAGGGCCCAGGUAUCAGUGGGCAGGAGGAUGUCACGGAGGGGAAGUACACGAUGGGAGACCUGCUUGAAAGAAUCCAAGCAAGUGAGGAGGAACUGGAGGCCCAACUACAGACUAUUCAUGCCUGUGAUGUCAACGGCUACUGGAGGCUGUUGGAUUUUGACUAUGAGAUGAAGCUACUGGGUCACAUCACUCAGCUGGUGGACUCUGAGUCCUGGUCCUUCAGUAAAGUCCCUCUACGUGUCAGUCUGGAGGAGUUAGGACGUCUGGAGCCACAGGAGAUGAUAGAGCACAGCUUCAACUGUUAUGGAAGGCGCUACACGGACAACGAUGAGGUGUUCUUUGCGCUGAACGAGGACAAGGUGUGCAGAGCCACAGCUCAGAUGCUGCUGCAGAACGCAGCGAAGUUCAACCUGGCAGAGUUCCAGGAGGUGUGGCAGCAAAGUGUCCCAGACGGGAUGGGCACCAGACUGGACCAGCUGAAGGUGAGGACUGGGGUCAGACUGGCAGCUCAGAGGGAUGGGCACUAGACUGGACCAGCUGAAGGUGAGGACAGGGGCCAGACUGGCAGCUCAGAGGGAUGGGUACUAGACUGGACCAGCUGAAGGUGAGGACUGGGGUCAGACUGGCAGCUCAGAGGGAUGGGCACUAGACUGGACCAGCUGAAGGUGAGGACAGGGGCCAGACUGGCAGCUCAGAGGGAUGGGUACUAGACUGGACCAGCUGAAGGUGAGGACUGGGGUCAGACUGGCAGCUCAGAGGGAUGGGCACUAGACUGGACCAGCUGAAGGUGAGGAUGGGGCCAGACUGGCAGCUCAGAGGGAUGGGCACUAGACUGGACCAGCUGAAGGUGAGGAUGGGGUCAGACUGGCAGCUCAGAGGGAUGGGCACUAGACUGGACCAGCUGAAGGUGAGGAUGGGGCCAGACUGGCAGCUCAGAGGGAUGGGCACUAGACUGGACCAGCUGAAGGUGAGGAUGGGGUCAGACUGGCAGCUCAGAGGGAUGGGCACUAGACUGGACCAGCUGAAGGUGAGGAUGGGGCCAGACUGGCAGCUCACAGACGGAUGGGCACUAGACUGGACCAGCUGAAGGUGAGGAUGGGGCCAGACUGGCAGCUCACAGACGGAUGGGCACUAGACUGGACCAGCUGAAGGUGAGGAUGGGCCCAGACUGGCAGCUCACAGAGAGAUGGGCACUAGACUGGACCAGCUGAAGGUGAGGAUGGGGCCAGACUGGCAGCUCAGAGGGAUGGGCACUAGACUGGACCAGCUGAAGGUGAGGAUGGGGUCAGACUGGCAGCUCAGAGGGAUGGGCACUAGACUGGACCAGCUGAAGGUGAGGAUGGGGUCAGACUGGCAGCUCAGAGGGAUGGGCACUAGACUGGACCAGCUGAAGGUGAGGAUGGGGUCAGACUGGCAGCUCAGAGGGAUGGGCACUAGACUGGACCAGCUGAAGGUGAGGAUGGGGUCAGACUGGCAGCUCAGAGGGAUGGGCACUAGACUGGACCAGCUGAAGAGUCUAGCCCUUGUGGACCGCAGCUCCAAACCAGAGACCAUAUCUCUGCUGAGAGUGGAAGAUCUUCCCGAGGACACACUGGAGAGAUUCACCCACCUCUUCACCAUGAGACAGAAGUGGACCGAGGAGGACAUCACCCCUUACAUACAGGACUUGUGUGGAGAAAAGCAAACAACUGGAGCUCUUCUUACCAAAUACGCUCGUUUGUCCACGCAAAACGGAAUGAAAGUCUUCAAUUCAAGAAGGCUAGUGGCAACAUGAAGACGAUUGGAUAUCUUAAUUGACGAGCACAGUUGUAUGGAAUCAGUGUAUUGUUGUAUUUGUUAAAAUGUUAUAAUAAGAAUCUAAUGUUUUUGUAAUUAUGACCUACUUUGUGUUUUUUCCUCCCACCUAUACUAUAUCUUAUGCUUUGU